AUGCCGUUAAAACGGAUAACAUUCAGUGGAAGAUUAUGUGUCAAAGAAAGUCCCGAAGUCUGGAUAACGGUCGUUCGUGGGAUUCUAUGUAUGGUUUUAGAUAUCGCUAUUACUCUAGCUAUUUCAAUAACACUUUUCUACAUGUUUGCAGGGUACGCUGUGUCUCCUUAUGAAUCCCCAUUUCCCUGUAACGAUGACUCUAUAAAACAGCCAUUCAAACAAAAUACAGUAAGGAUGAAACAUCUGCUUGCCGUAGCUCUUGGUACACCUUUCUUCAUUAUUUGCUUCGUUGAAGCCUUGGUUUACCGAAAUUCACAGGGUCCUAAUAAACUUGCUAACUAUUUUGUCACAACAACUCUUCUAUACCUUAAAUAUGAACUUACGUUUGCGUUAUGUGUGUUCUUAAUGGAAUACCUCAAAUGUGUUUUUGGUCGUCUGCGUCCUCAUUUUCUUGCUGCGUGCCAACCUGACUGGUCACGUAUGGAUUGCACAGGAAAAGACUACAUUCCAGCUUCUGAAACUUAUUGUAUGAAUCCGGAUGUACAUCGGGUUCGAACCGCCCGAACAUCCUUUCCAUCAGGACACACUGCUGCUGCUUUCCAUGUUCUUUUCUUCUUAGGCCUUUAUUUGACCAGAAUGGCAAGGAUUACGGGUAUACCUUCUCUGUACAAAACUCGCAAUGUAUUACUGGUUAUUUUUUCUGUUUGGACAGCAUUUACAGCAAUAACGCGAGUGACUGAUUAUUGGCACUAUCCUACUGAUGUGUUAGGUGGAAUUGUGCUUGCUGCGGUUUGCGUUCUCCCAACAUUCGGAUGGCAGUGGAAAACACAUGAAGACGUUUAUGGAUCGCGUCAACUCGAGAGACUCCGUCCCCAUUUUGAGUGA